AGAAAGAAAAAUGGCAGAGUUGAAGUACAUUUCUGGAUUUGGGAACGAGUGUACUUCAGAAGACCCUCGCUGUCCAGGUUCCUUACCAGAAGGGCAGAAUAACCCUCAAGUCUGCCCCUACAAUCUGUAUGCUGAACAGCUCUCAGGAUCUGCCUUCACCUGUCCACGGAGCACCAAUAAGAGAAGCUGGCUAUACCGGAUUCUACCUUCAGUUACUCACAAACCCUUUGAGUCCAUUGAUCAAGGCCAUCUCACUAGCAACUGGGAUGAAAUUGAACCUGAUCCUAACCAGCUUAGAUGGAAACCAUUUGAGAUUCCAAAAGCAUCUCAGAAAAAAGUGGACUUUGUGAGGGGCCUGCAUACCUUGUGUGGAGCUGGAGAUAUUAGAUCUAACAAUGGGCUUGCUGUCCACAUUUUUCUAUGCAACAGCUCCAUGGAGAACAAAUGCUUUUACAAUUCAGAUGGGGACUUCCUGAUUGUUCCCCAGAAAGGGAAGCUUCUCAUUUACACCGAGUUUGGCAAGAUCCUUGUGCAGCCCAAUGAGAUCUGCGUCAUUCAGAGGGGAAUGCGCUUCAGCAUAGAUGUCUUCGAGGAGACCAGGGGCUACAUCCUGGAGGUCUAUGGUGUCCACUUUGAAUUACCUGACCUGGGACCUAUUGGAGCUAAUGGUUUGGCCAAUCCUCGUGAUUUCUUGAUACCUGUUGCCUGGUAUGAAGAUCGUCAAGUACCAGGUGGUUAUACUGUGAUUAAUAAAUACCAGGGCAAGCUGUUUGCUGCCAAACAGGAUGUCUCCCCGUUCAAUGUUGUGGCCUGGCAUGGGAACUACACGCCCUACAAGUACAACCUGGACAAUUUCAUGGUCAUCAACGCAGUGGCCUUUGACCAUGCGGACCCCUCCAUUUUCACGGUGCUGACUGCCAAGUCUAUGCGUCCUGGAGUAGCCAUUGCUGACUUUGUCAUCUUCCCACCUCGAUGGGGGGUGGCCGAUAAAACCUUCAGGCCUCCUUAUUACCAUAGGAACUGCAUGAGUGAAUUCAUGGGACUCAUCAAAGGUCAUUAUGAGGCCAAGCCAGGUGGAUUCCUGCCAGGAGGUGGCAGCCUGCAUAGUGCCAUGACCCCUCAUGGCCCUGAUGCUGACUGCUUUGAGAAGGCCAGUAAGGCCAAACUGGAGCCUGAGAGGAUUGCUGAUGGCACCAUGGCAUUUAUGUUUGAAUCUUCCCUAAGUCUGGCUGUCACCAAAUGGGGACUCAAAGCUUCCAGUUGUUUGGAUGAGAAUUACUACAAGUGCUGGGAACCUCUCAAGAGCCAUUUCACCCCCAAUUCCAAGAAGCCGGCAGGACCUUAAUUGAGACUGGAGCCUUUUGACCAUAACCAAGAAUGAAUUUGUAUGGUUUCCUAGAGAAUCUUGUGUAUGCUCUCUGAUGUUGUGGAGGGGAAGGUUUGGAUAAAGUGUAAACUCACAUUUCAUAGUCAAGAAACUCAGAAUAUUUGUGAAAAUAUGAUUGAAUAGUUCCAUGACCAUCCAUUUAAUUAUUCAAUAAACACCUGGUAAUGUUCUGUGGAA